CACUUUGCAGCCGCACACUAGUCUCAUUCCUACAGAGAACAUGAAUGAAAUCAAGAUCGCGGUGCUGGGAAGUGAAGGCGUCGGUAAAUCAGCUCUGAUCGUGCGCUUCCUGACCAAGAGGUUUAUUGGCGAGUACGCUUCAUCUUCAGAGUGCAUAUACAGAAAGCGUUUGUCUUUGGAUGGGAGGCAGCUGAAUCUUGAGCUCUAUGAUCCCUGCUCCCAGACCUGUGAGGGCAAGUCUACUUUAAAUGAUCAGAUCAAUUGGGCCGAUGGCUUCAUUGUUGUCUAUGACAUCAGUGACCACUCGUCUUUCCUCACUGCCAAAGCCAUUGUGCACUUGAUCAGAGAGCUACACCUCGGAGCAGCCAAGCGGGAUGUAGAGUCAGUGGUAUUCUUGGUUGGUAACAAGCAAGACCUCUGCCACAUGAGGGAAGUUCGCCGUGAGGAAGGCCAGCAUCUGGCUGCUGAGUUUCGGUGCCAGUUCUACGAGCUGUCAGCAGCCGAGCAUUACCAGGAGGUGGCGCUAAUGUUCUCCAAGAUGGUGCAGAAUGCCAGCUUAGGCAACAAGGCAAAGGAGCGUAGGCGGCGCCCCAGUGGUUCCAAGUCCAUGGCCAAACUCAUCAACAACGUCUUUGGCAAGAGGAGGAAAUCAGUGUGAAGCCCAACAAGCCUGAUGCCCUCCAGGUAUCAGAGCUGCUGUCAGCCGAGGAUGGACCAGUGGAUCAGGCUCCUCCUGGCUUGGCUGCUUAUGUUUUAUUGCAUUUGCUGUUGCUGUUGGUUAGCAUUUACAUUAAGUGACAUUGUGAGGUAUUAUCACGUUGAUACAGCUGUGCACAGUGCUUUCCUCGCUGGGUUUGCUUGCUGCUUACUGUCUGUUUCAUGCUCCUAUUCAUCUCCUGAUGGUAUUUGUGAGAGAGAGAUAUGCUGAAACAUUAAGCAGCUGCUUUCAAAACCUGGUGACAUUUAAAUGUAGACAAAUAAAUGUAGUUGAAGCCGCUCGACCAUGUGUUGCCUCUGUCUGGUAAGGCUCCAGAAACAUUUAUCUUUUGCUUUGUACUGUUCUUUCACUUGAAUUUAUGUGUUUCAUGUCUCACAUGAUACGCAGUUUCAUUUCAGAUUCAGGACAAAUGUGAAGAUCAAAUAUAAUGUAUAAAAUGAUACUUUAUGACAAAUAGAAUUAGUUGUACAUACAGCAUCGCUUCUAUUAGAGUAUGAGGAAACUGAAACCUUUUGCAGUUGUCGUUUAAAGCCAGGCUAAAUGAGGACUGAGAGAAAACUGUAACUCUUUGAAAUCUGCAGACAGGCUUUUGGGUCAUAAUUAAAUAUGGAUCAAGCCUAUGCCAUAUGUAAUAUAAUACAGUUAAUGGAAUUAUGCAGCAACCUGCUACCAAUAUCACUUUUGCUCAUGAUUACAUAUGAGUGAUAU